UCCGUUACGUCCUCGCUAUUGACAUGUUUUCCGAAAGAUUGCAGAACAUGUCAUCGGUAACCUGCCAUAGGUUUGGUGGAGCCGACUUGUAUCUAAACAAUUUCGUUAUUUAAAAUAGUCCUGUGGUAAUGUGUUUACUAAAUGCAGAAUGUAGGAUGUGUGUUUUGAGUUAAAUUUAAUCUAACCCUUUGAGACUCCCCGCGGCUUGAAGUAACAUCAGAGGUGUCCAGGUUGUUGCAUCCAGUCAGUAAGAAACUGAAAUUAUUAUUUACCUCUCUUUUAGUAGCUUUACAUAAUCUGGUGUUAUCCGCCAUACACAGAAUCAGAUCCCUUGGUUUGUACAGUGGAAUCGUGAAUGACUAUAUUAUGAUUAUGAUUGAGAUUAUGAUUGACAUAUCAUGUGUACGAUACCCUGAGCUCAAGUGAUAGUUUAAUCUGACAGCUGACUGUGAUCGUUUAUGAUAGCGUUUAUAGUAGCCCUCAAUUGUGUUUGACCAAUGUUCGCCGUUGCACGAUUGUACUUGAUAACUUCUUUGAAUCCCUCUUAAUCACGAUAUAUGUGUUUGUUCUUGUUCUUCCGCUUGCUUCGUGUUGUCACAGGUGAGCGCUUGGACUCACCCCUUAGGUUCUCAGAGCAGCCCUUCCCUCUCGCGCCCAUCAUGGCAGAUCGCUACAUCGCCAUGCACGGGCUCAACAUCAGUCACAGCCCGUUGUCCACCAGCCCGACCAUGUCCAUCGACAAGCUUUUCCCGGCGCUCCUCGAGUGUUUCGGGAUCAUCCUGUGCGGGUAUGUGGCUGGCCGGACGGACAUCAUCCCUCCAACUCAGGCCAAGGGACUCGGGAACUUCGUCUCCCGUUUUGCCCUGCCCGCUCUGCUGUUUAAGAACAUGGUCGUGCUGGACUUCGGGGACGUGAUCUGGUCAUUCCUGUGGAGCGUGCUGAUCGCCAAGGUGACGGUGUUCGUGGUGGUGUGUUCGCUCACGCUGAUGGUCGCAGGCCCGGAGAGUCGGUACAGCAAAGCUGGACUCUACUCAAUCUUUGCCACGCAGAGCAAUGACUUCGCGCUGGGGUACCCCAUUGUGGACGCCCUGUACAGGAGCACCCACCCUGAGUACCUGCAGUACAUCUACCUGGUGGCUCCAGUCUCCCUGAUGCUGCUCAACCCCAUCGGCUUCGCCCUGUGUGAGAUUCAGCGCUGGAGACAGAGUUCCGACCACAACCAGAGCAAACUACACAUUGUCUCCACCGUCUUACUGCGGGUCAUGAAGAACCCCAUCGUUUUCAUGGUGCUGGUGGGAAUCGGGUCUCACUUCCUGUUGGACGGGAAGGUUCCGGAGCUGCUGCAGCAGCUUGUGGACGGAUUGGCCAACUCGUUUGGGGGGGCGGCGCUCUUCUACCUGGGGCUGUCUAUGGUUGGUCAGCUCAGGAAACUGACACGGUCCACCGGAGUGGCACUUAUACUGCUCAUCACUGCCAAACUGUUAGUAAUGCCACUGAUAUGCAAGGACAUGGUGGAGAUCUUGGACACGGCCAACUCCAGCUCAGCCAAUCACUCGAGUCUGUCCAAUUACGCCUUCCUGUACGGAGUGUUCCCCACCGCUCCCAGUGUAGCCAUCUACGCAGCCCAGUACAACACAGAGCUGGAGGUGGUGACCUCAGGGAUGGUCAUCAGCACCUUCCUCUCUGCGCCAAUCAUGUACGUGUCGGCAUGGUUACUGACCAUUCCCUGGAUGGAGGCCAUGCCCCUGGUUGCAGAGCUUCAGAAUGUCAGCUUCAACAUCAGCAUCAUCAGCUUGCUCGCUCUGGUGUGGACCAUAUCCGUCAUAUUCCUCAGUAAGAAGUUUACAAGGUUGCCUCACAUGUUUGCUAUGAAUCUGUUUGUGGCCCAGCUGAUGGUGUGUGUGAGCAUGAUUAUCUGGAAGUUCGUGGUGCAUCGGGACAACUUACUGGGCCAAGUUCUGAUCUUCACGCUGCUGUACGGCUGUCUCUACAGCACAUACCUGUGGACAGGACUGAUUGCCUUCUCUCUGGCCCUGAUGAAGAAGAAUGAGAAGAUGAAGAUUCGCCCUGCGGUCUUUGUGCUUCUGGGAUGGGGGGUUCCGUUCCUGGUGGUGGGGGGGCUGCUGAUUGCUGGAGAGCGGAUGGAUGACACCAUAGACUCCGCCUUCUUUUAUGGGCGUGGCCAGAUCUGGAGCACCACCGUGGUGUUGGUGUGUAGUAUCGCGCUGGGGAGUCUGUCUCUGCUGGGCCUGGGUCGGGGGACCCAGGAGGAGCAGCACUAUCAUGCCCUAAACCAGAGCUCCCUGUCGGGCACCACGGACGACCUGCGCCCCUCCGGGGACCAGGAGGAGCAGCACUAUCAUGCCCUCGACCAGAGCUCCACGUCGGGCACCACCGACGACCUGCGGAGCCAGGAGGAGCAGAGCGCCACUGAACCAACAACCCCACAGGGCAGCUUCAACAGAGGUAGAGCAGUGUGUGUGUGUGUGUCUGUGUGUCUGUGUGUCUGUCUUCCAUCUUCUCUCCCUCUCUUGCCAGAGGACCAGCCCGGUGAGCGUCCUCUCUCUCAGCCCGGUGAGUGGCCUCUCUCUCAGCCCAUGCCCGAUAUGAUCGUGGGCCAUCUGACCGACACAGCGCCGACACACACAGACCAGGCUGGGGCGCCACUGCGCGAGGCCCCCAGGGCGCGGCUGGCCCAAGAGGAGAGGCAGGUGGCCCGGCAUGCCCUGCUGUGUCUGCUGCUGAUUGUCGCGCUGCUGGCUAAUCUGUCCAGCUGUCUAUGGUGGCUGUUCAACAAGGACCCUGGUAGGCUGUACCUGGAGUUGCAGUUCUUCUGUGCUGUGGCCAACUAUGGCCAGGGGUUCAUAUCGUUUGGUGUGUUUGGAUUAGAUGAACACCUCAUCAUUCUACCCUUCAAAAAGAGGCUAGCCAGUCUGUGGGGGUCUGCGCCUGUAGAGGAGGCUCCUGCUGCAGGUCAAGAGGAGAUCCGGCUCACCUGCACACAGUUUGUGCGCUACCACAAGGACCAGUGUGUUCAGGACGUCGUACACCAAAGAAGGUGCAAAGGCUAUUGGUCAGACUGGCCAGAGGCGGGGUCAUUCACGGGCAGAGAGUUGGUUGAUUGGCUGGUGCGUGCUGGAGUGGCAGGUGACCGGGGAUCGGCUGUGCUGUAGGGUGCAUGGCUACAGCAGGGAGGAGUUCUGCAACACGUCGGCCAUCAGUUCGGUUUCCAUGACAACUUGCUCUGCUAUGGCUUCACUGGGCCACAAAGGUUCCGCUGCCAUGACGACACUCAUGGAAUGAUACCAUGUGCCAUGUGACCUGGAAUGGAUGAGUUUGUGACUUCGAGCAAGAGUUUCUUUCCAUCAGAUUCCAGGCAACAUUUAACUGUAAACUUGACUUGAAUUUCAACUGAAACUUCUUUUUUUGCAUGUUGUAUACGCAUACGCAGGUAUUUAAGCCCCAAACUGCAAGAACUGUCUGACCUUUGAACCCCUGCUGUAUGCACACACACACACCCACUGCUGCAGUGUUUUGACUUUUUGACUGUUGUUCGUCAUGGCAACAGUUCUAUGCACUGCAGUUUUCCUCUCAGUCUGCCCCAGUGCAUGUGUGUGUAUCACGUGAGUGUGUGUGUGUGUGUGUGUGUGUGUGUGUGUGUGUGUGUGUGUGUGUGAGUGUGUGUUUUUGUGCCUUUUGUCCUUCAGACGUUGUGUUGAGUAUGGGUCUGUGUGUUUUGCUGCUGUAUAUGAGAUGAGUUUAUAUAUAUGUGUAUAUGUGUGUGUGUGUGUGUG